AUGCUGUGCUCCACGCGUUUAGUUAAACUCGCGGCAAUCAAGCAUGGUAACUCCCAGGAAGGCGCGACAUCAGAUGGCACGAUGACAAUGAGCAACAAAGAAUAUACCCUGCUUGCACAAAGAACCGAAGAGGAGGAGCAAGAGCAAAGUCACGUCCCGCUUGAAGCGGACGGAGUGUGCAUCCCAAGCACAAAAGGCUUUACCUCACCGUGGUUCAUCGGUAUUGCCUUGGUUGCAUUCCUUGCAAUCAACGGGCUUUGCCUGAUGAUUAUGACCAAUCGGCUCCGAGCUGUAUCAAUGGCACUGGAGCCACUGCUCGACUUCACGGAUACCCGGCAUCUACCUCGCCCCGAUCAAUACGAUGGGCUGUGA